UCGUUCAACAAAACUCUCGGCAAAAUACCAGAAGAUUCCACAAUGGAAGUUGAUCAAUUUGACGCAACAUCGAUGGAUAUAUCAUCGGUCGAUUUUCAUCAAACAACCGACGAUAAUUUAUCCGUACACCAAAGAUUUAUAAAUGCUUUGGAUCAUUUGGACAAUCGUGUCGAAAAAUUGCGCAAAGAAUCGAUGACAUUGACUGAAAAACGCGAUGUGCUGCUCAUGUCAAUGGAUAUACUGAAACACAACGAACUGUUGAGCGGCCUGAAAGAGAACGAAUUAGACGAGGUGAACUGUUAUGCACAGCGAAUCAGCAAUCGUUUGGCAACCAUUGACAUCAGCGUGAAAACAGUGCGUGAUGCUGCCCAAGAAGAUGCCUUACAUCAAGUCAACAGUUUGAUUGAUUCGUUGUUGACUAUUAGCGAUCGUGUGAUGGCACGUCAACGGUGUCAAACAUUUUUGAACGCAUGCAGUGUACACGAUGAUCCUGCCAAUGCAUUGGAGCUCGAUCCGGUUGUGGACAAAAAGUUCGAAGCCGCUGUGUUGGGCUGUACUUUAGACGACCAGAAAACGAUUAAAAAACGUUUGCAAGCUCUCAUGUCUUAUUUGAAUAAGCAAACUGUAUCAACCGAGUAGAGAGUAGAGUAGACAAAAAACCAGCAACUUUUAUGUGUCAUAUGGAUAAUUUUGUGAGCCCAGUUUGUUAAACAAACCAUACAAAGGAAAUCAAUCACAGCAUUCUUUCAUAUACAUUUUUAAAUGUUGUGUUCAGUACUAACCCUGCAAUUAGCAUAUAUACUCUCAUUCAAUGACUUAUUUUGUUGAAGAAAAAAAAAUAGAGAAAAACGAUUGCAAUUAUAGGCGGUUAGAAUCAAUUGAGAGCGAAAAAAAGAGUAAUUGACUAAACACAUUUAACUAGCUUUAUUACAUCACUUUAUGUACAUUCGUAACUCGUUUCUUUGUUAAUUAACCAAUUUUUCCACUUGCUUUUUAAGAUAUAUUUUUCUUCUCUAUAUACCCUUGUGAUGAAAUAUUGAGUUGCUGGUAAAGCAAUAUAUACUAUUUAUGAUUCUCUGUGAAACCAAUACGUUUCUUAUUCCAGAAGUAAACACAUCUUUCCAUUACUCAUGUUAAUGAUAGAAGACAACAUCACAAAUAAGUGAAAGUGAUUUGUUAAGUGAACGAAAAGGAAAAUAAUAAUAAAAAAACAACACAAAUACACAUUUGAUUACCUCUAUCAGUUUGAUAAAGAGACUAAUUUUACAAGUAAAUAUACAAUUUGCAAAGACCAA